CCGCAGCCCGUGAUCGAACCCGAGCCCGCCGUCCGCGCGGAGCCGAGCAGAGGGAGGGGCACCGAGGCAGCCUCUGCGGACUAACUCAUGAAGAACAAGGGUGCCAAGCAGAAGGUGAAACGCAAGGGAGCCGCCAGCGCGUUUGGCUGUGACCUGACCGAGUAUCUGGAGAGCUCAGGACAGGAUGAUGGAGGGGCCCAGGCUCUCAGUAUCCAGAACAAAGAAUUCAACAUGACACCCAGAGAAGGUAGUGAGCAUGUGCAUUCACCUAAGGUGGAAAAGAAGUAUAUUCUACGGGGCUUGACGUGGCCAGUUCCAUAUGUUUUGAAGAGCUGUGCAGAAUUUAUUGAGACUCACGGCAUUGUGGAUGGAAUCUAUCGACUUUCGGGGGUCACCUCAAACAUACAGCGACUAAGGCAAGAGUUCGGCUCUGAUCAGUGCCCAGAUCUGACGAGGGAAGUGUACCUGCAGGACAUCCACUGUGUGGGCUCCCUCUGCAAGCUGUACUUCCGGGAGCUGCCUAACCCCCUCCUGACUUAUGAGCUCUAUGAGAAGUUCACGGAGGCAGUGUCACAUUGCCCAGAAGAAGGCCAACUGGCCCGCAUCCAAAAUGUUAUCCAGGAGCUUCCCGCAUCCCAUUAUAGGACCUUGGAGUACUUGAUCCGACACCUGGCUCGCAUCGCCUCCUUCAGCAGCAAGACCAAUAUGCACGCCAGGAACCUGGCCCUGGUGUGGGCUCCAAACCUCCUCAGGUCCAGAGACAUCGAAGCAGCAGGCUGCAAUGGGGACGCAGCCUUCCUUGCUGUGCGGGUGCAGCAGGUGGUGAUUGAGUUCAUACUAAGUCACGUGGAUCAGAUCUUCAGCAACAGCGCUCCUGGGGCUCUGGAGAACAACGGUAGAAACCAGCCCAUGAUGAAGAGCCUCACUCUGCCUGCCCUGUCCCUUCCCAUGAAGCUGGUGAGCUUGGAGGAGGCUCAGGCCCGCAGCCUGGCUAUGAACCACCCAGCUCGAAAAGAAAGGAGAGAGAACAGCUUGCCCGAGAUUGUUGCCCCCAUGGGCACCCUCUUCCACACUGUCCUGGAGUUACCAGACAACAAGAGAAAGCUUUCCAGCAAAUCAAAGAAGUGGAAAUCUAUAUUUAACCUGGGCCGUUCUGGGUCAGACUCCAAAUCGAAGCUGAGUAGAAAUGGGAGUGUGUUUGUGAGAGGACAAAGGCUCUCAGUGGAAAAGGCUGCUAUCCGACCAGCUAAGAGCAUGGACUCCCUCUGCUCAGUGCCCGUGGAAGGAAAAGAAACCAAAGGGAAUUUCAGUCGAACAGUCACUACUGGUGGCUUUUUCAUUCCAGCCACGAAAUUGCACUCGACCAGCCCUGGCAGCUCCUGUGACCUCAGCAAGCAGGAGGUUGAAUGGGGCCAGGAGGGAACUCCUUCAGGGGCCGAGGGGGGCUUUGAUGUGACUGGUGACCGAAGCCAACUCCAGGGCUCUCAGGUCCGGGCCCCACCUGAGCAGCUGAAGGUGUUCCGACCUAUAGAGGAUCCUGAAACUGAGCAAGCAGCCCCAAAGAUGCUGGGGAUGUUCUACACCUCAAGCGACAGCCCCAGCAAAUCCAUCUUCACCAGCAGCCGCUUCCAAAUGGAGCCCUCACCGCAUCACCAGCGCAAGGUGCUCAAUAUCUCUGAGCCCUUUGCAGUGUCUGUGCCACUCCGAGUAUCUGCAGUUAUCAGCACCAACAGCACCCCAUGCCGAACACCCCCCAAGGAGAUGCAGUCCCUCUCCAGCCUGGAAGAGUUUUCCUUCCAGGGCUCAGAGAGUGGAAGCUGGCACGAAGAGGAGAAGCCACUGGGAGCUGAGACUUCUGCAGCUUCUGGUGCCAAGAAUGCUGCUCUCGAGGAUGCCUUACCGAAACCUGAAGGCCAGGGGAUGGUGGGAUGCAACCAAGGCCUGCAGCCGCAGACCCAACUGGAGGAGAAGACAACCUCAGAACCUUCCUUGGUCUCUCAACAUUCAAGGGGAUCAGAGACAAGACCAAAACCAGAGAAAAUGGAGGAGGAAGACCGAGAGACCAACCUGGUAGAGGCCACUGCUCCUCCGAAGAGCCCUGGGGCCAGAGCCAAAGCUGUGUUUCUCCAUGAGAUGGAUGAUGAUGAUCUGACCAACCCCCUUCUGUGGCCCGAGAUUCAACAGGAACUAAAAAUCAUUGAAUCUGAAGAAGAGCUCUCCUUGUCACAACCCCCUGCUCAGAAGAUCAGCCCAGUUCAACUAGUUCUUGAGCCAAGCCCAGCGUCCUUUUCUUUCCCAGAGGUUCCCGGGAAUUUGUCUUGUGGCUCCACCCCCACUCCAGUGUCCACCCCUCUGGAAGCAGGGACUAGGGAAUUAACCAAUCAUGAUACAAAGAAGGCAGCCACGGGAGCCAAUAGGGAAAAGCUGGAGCCAACCGGCAGCCCCCAUGAAUACAAGCACAAGCAGGGCCUGCAACCAGACCAAGCCAGUCUGGUUCCUCUGGAUAUAGCUCCCUUUGAGAAGGUGACUUCACAGGAUAGAACAGAGGUAGGAGGCCCAGGGAAUCUCUCACCUCUGCCCCUGCCUGCUCCUCCUCUUCCAACUCCUCUAGAGGAGUCAUCUCAAAUCCUGCAGUCAAAGGGCAACCCUGAGAGAGAAGAUCCCAGCAGGAAUUUGAUGACAGGUCUCUCGAUAGAGCAGCCGAAGUCCACAGACAGCCCUGGGGUCUCCAGCACCUAUCGGGGAGACGAGGCAGCUCUGAAGCAAAGUGAAGAGCAAGAUUCAAAGAAUGCUGCUCCUGAGGAAAAAGGCCCUGAUGUCUCAAGUCCAACAAAGGAUGAGCUCUCGCCACUGGGAGAGGGAUAUGGAUCCCAUUCAGUACAAGAGCCUUCAGACUGUGAUGAAGAUGACACUGUGACAGAUGUUGCUCAUCAUGGCCUGGAGAUGGUGGAGCCCUGGGAGGAGCCCCAGUGGGUAACGAGUCCCCUUCACUCUCCCACCCUGAAGGAAGUGCAGGAGUCCCGGGUGCAGACUCCUCAGAGCUACCGCCUGGAACGGAGGCUGACUAGACCCAGCCUUCGACAGAGCCACUCUCUGGACAGCAAAAGCACCAUUCCAACUUGUCAGUGGCCUCUCUAUGCUCCAUCCUCAAGCAGCUGUGCUAAUCUUGAAACGGAGAAGAAUCCUGACUUUCUGCAGCCCCUGGCAGCCAGGAGAGAGAAGACUGGAUGGGAUGAGAAAGCCCUGAGACCCUUCAGAGAUUUCUCCAGCCUGCAGGGGGCAGAGGUUCUUUCCAGCCAGAAAGGACCAACUGGUUUGCAUCCCAAACCAGCAGAAGCCAGCCCUGUCCACCUGGCAGAGAGAAAGGAGAGGGGGCCUCACUCGGGGCACAGCAACCUGCAGAUUAAACAAGGUGAUGUUCCGGGGUUAGAGAGCAGCAAGGAGAGUUUCCCCACUGUUCAAAGCAGCACCUCGCCUGCAGAGAGUCCCCCACAGUUACAGCAGAAGAGUCCUGAGUGUGGGCCCUCAAAGGGGAAAAAUAGGCCUUCUUCCCUCAACUUGGACUCUGCCAUUCCCAUUGCUGAUCUCUUUCGGCUUGGGAAUGGGGCCUCAUUUAGUUCACCUGGAGUGCAGCUCUCUGAGCCAGAAGACCCCAAGGUCACCUGGAUGACCUCAGCUCACUGUAAAGCAGACGCCUGGAGGGUUUGCUGCCCGGACACCCAGGACCUGGAUAUUAUUGCUCAUGCCAUGAUAGGUCGCCGCCGUAACUCUGCUCCGGUGAGUGUGUCAGCUGUGAGAACCUCCUUCAUGGUCAAAAUGUGUCAGGCCAAGGCAGUCCCUGUCAUCACUCCCAAGAUCCAGUACACGCAGAUCCCACAGCCCCUACCCUCACAGAGCUCAGAGGAGAGCGGGGCUCAGCCUUUGGAGGGCAGCCAAGUACCCAGCUCCACAAGUGGGGCCUCUCAGAAACCUGCCAAAGAUGGGUCUCCCUCUCCCCUAGAAAGUCCCGGGGAAGAGAAAGCAGAGCAAGACACAGAAGCCAUUCACUCUUCGCAGUUGGACCUCACUGCAUCCUGCAUUUGUGAGGGACCCAUCCUCUCUCCAGGAAUGGGCUUGCCUAACCUGGUCUCUGCCCAGGAUGCAGCAGUGCAUUGCAGGAAGCGUACUUCAGAGACAGAGCCAUCUGGGGACAACCUGUUUUCUUCAAAAAUGGAGCGUCCAUCUGAAGGUGCAAAGCUUUUCCACAGGUCAAGGCCAGGAAGACCUCAGAGCCUAAUCUUAUUCAGUCCUCCUUUCCCCAUCAUGGACCACCUGCCCCCUUCAUCCACAGUGACAGAUUCCCAGGUCCUGCUGUCCCCUAUCAGAAAUCCCACCCAGACAGUUUCCCCUGGCCUUCUCUGUGGGGAGUUGGCAGAAAACACGUGGGUCACCCCAGAAGGGGUUACACUUAGGAAUAAAAUGACCAUCCCUAAGAAUGGCCAAAGACUAGAGACCUCAACCAGCUGUUUUUACCAGCCUCAGCGGAGAUCAGUGAUUCUGGAUGGAAGAAGUGGGAGGCAGAUAGAAUGAUAUCCGUUCACCUGCUGGUGUCUGAAAAGCUAUCGUGACUCACCUGGACUUCAUCACAGGACCAACUUGCCCCUUUCCUGGCACAGGUUGUCUAAAUGUGGACUGAUUUUGGCCUCUGACUUCUUCCUAUUCAGCCUUUUGACCAUUCAUUAAUACUGCCAGGAGAGUAGCCGAGGAGACCAAAAGGUGACAUCGAGAGAAGUCUGUAGGGUUAGGGAAGGGAGGGAACUGGAGUACAAGGAGAGGGUAGUGAAGGGAAGGGAACAGAGUGCGUGCCUCCAGAGAAGUCCGGGGUUUGUGAGUUGCAUUGUUCCCCUGUCAUCAGCAGCGGUCGCUGUUGAGAGCUGGCUGGGAUAGUGUCCUUUGAAAGAAAAAAAUCCUUUGCCCGGGUCUAAAAAUGUUAUUGAAAUUUGAAAGCUUCCUCUUUACUUCAUGCUUUGUAACACUCCUCAAUGCAUUUGUUCUUUUAAAUCGACCUUUAAUAAGCUUUUGUAGAUGUGUACUAUCCAAAAUAGAAGCAAAUUUGGAAAUGCAAGUGAAUGUGCACUUAGAUUUCCAAGGGGGUGAGCUUACCCAGGUUCUUUCCCCAGAGUCCCUGCAGACCUGCCUGACAUGACUGAGUAGUAGAAUAUAAAAUCAGAGUCUAGACUCAAGAGCAAGCCCUGAGACUGGCACAUCCAUGAAGACUUUCUCGCUCUGACUUUCAUUAACUUGAGACUCCAUCUGCCACUGUGCCGAACUCUGAUUUAUAAAUCCAGGAUCUGGGCAGAGCAGGGACUAAGCGGAGGACUGUCUUACUGCAAAGUUUUGACUCUUCCUGUGGGUAUGUAGUAGAAGGUGAGGUAUUAGCUUUCUUAAGAUCAGCGUCCAGGCCCCAAAUACCCGCAGAGAAAAGCCUAACACACAGGCAUAAGUACGCUGCAUACUGACUAUGUUAAAUCGUCGGGAUAUUCCAGAACACAGCUCUAGUUCAGCGUCAUUCCUCUUCCCCAUUGGGUACAGCAGUACAGAAGGGAGGCAAGGAGGAGCCCCAGCAGAGCGGUCAACCACUGCCCCUCUCUGGGAGCUAGCUGCCCUUGGUGAAAACUGCGCACUUCAUCUUAGCCAGUGGGUUCCUUCCUUCUCAGGGGCAAAUUUAAAGCUCCUCUCGCCCUUCUGCAAUUUCCCUUGUCCACCACCCACCCCAGGCACUCAAACUUGCUCUUCUCCUCUGUCUGGAUACAAGCAGAAGCAACAAACCAAUCUGAUUUCUUCCAGUUAUUUAGACUUUCCAGUUGUUCUCUCCUUAUUGGGUAGAGACAGAAGGAUUACAUACCUGGUGGCAGCUUUUUGGUGCUCUCCCCCCAGAAAACCUUCACAGGGCAAAUCUCAGGUCCAAGCCUGGCUGAAUUCUGUUCAGAAGUCCAGUUGUUGCAGGUAUCUCUAAGCACUAGCAGCACCUAAAGCCAGCCUGACAACCGAGGCCAUGCAGGGCUGGGCAGGCACUCGGCUGGAGUCCUCUCCUCCAGUGAGAAAUUGGAGGCUCAUGCUCUGCCACAGAUCUCUUUCUGUCCCUUCCACUCUUCUUCCCCCCACCCGCCUUCUCUCUGUCCUGCCUCUCCUUGCCCUCUCUUCCCUUCUCUGAUGAUAAAACGCCUUGCAGUCUUGAAAUCUUUUCCCCUCUUUCCACGUCUGUGGCGAGGGUAGCUGGCAAGCCCACUGAUGAGUUGGGCCUCUGGAGGGCACUGCGUUGCCUGAUCACAGGGAGCAGGUACAGACGUCUGGUGAGUGUUUCUGCUUUCUCAAUGGGCAAACAAGACAUUGGGGCAACAGCCAAAAGGGGUCAGCCCAUAAGAAGACCCCCUAGUACAUAACAUUUUUCCUAGGCAAGCCAGGUAAAGGAGACGGGUGAGCGAGAAGGGCCUUGAUCAGAGAUUUGCAAAGCACAUUCCUGCAUUAUCAGAAAAUGUAGCAGAUAAGUUUUAUGUCAGUCUCAGCAUACUUGUGGCGUCUAUGCUUAGAUAAGGACCAUGUUCAUUGUAAUGUGAGAGAUGGAAAGAACUGCACUUUGCCAACCAUCAGGACUCUGAGCCAAGUAAUGGAAUAUUUUUUAAAAACUACUCUAUGAAUAUUUUUAAUUUUUGUUUGUAAUACUUGUAUAUUUUUAUCUGGGGAUAGACUGAGAAGCCACCCUUAACAGACUAACUAGUGAGGAGCUGGACAUGGCGACACAAGCCUGUAACCCCAGCACUCAGGAGACUGAGGCAGGAGAACGGCCAUGAGUUUGAGGCCAGCCUGGGCCGGUGAGUUCAAGACCAUCCCAAACUACACAGGGAGAGGAGCCUCUGUCCCCAAAACAACAAAAAACCAUACUAACAAGUGAGUUCAGUUCUAAGGGUUGCCAUGCCUAUGUGGAUCUGUAAGAUGGCAGCCAUGUUUCUGUAGACUCAUACCUCCCUUUUGUGGCAUCCCCUUCUGGUGCAAAGGUAUGUGAUGUCGUCAUGUGGCCCAGUGACAGCUGUCUGGAGACAGUCCCUAUACCAGGCUUUCCAGGCCUCAACUCUGGAGGCUCCUUCUCCAUGUCUUGCUGCUCAAGUGUGGACCCCUCCUCUGAUGAUGUCACAGCCUGUCAACUGUCACUCACUGUCACAAACUUCUUGGGGAGUGGGCUAGGCUGGAGCUCAUGAAAUUCCAUUCCAUGGCAAAGGAAACUCGUAUUUGUCUCCUAAAUCAUUCCCCUACAUGCCUUGGGAUUACCUGUUUGACCACCCACUUGGGACUCUGAGAAAUGAGCCCCCGAGAAGGGCUAGACAGGAAUCAGAUUGCUUGUUCCUCUCAAGGGCCAUUGGUUUCAGGAGGAUCUGCCUACCUACCAAGGGCUGUGGAAUCUAUCUGGCCAACUAUGGCUCCUCAGAAUGGGGACGGCUACCUUUAAAUGUUGAAGUGAAAUGUGUACACAGGCUGUUUUCUUUCAGUAUUUAUGGUUAAGAAAAUACUAACCCGUAUUUAUUUGUAAAAUGGCCCGCCCAGGCCAAUUUUUUUCUUGUCAAAUAGACAAAUAGAGGCUUCUUGGGUUUUCCUCUGCUUCACUUGGAAUAUGGAGACCUGACCAAGAACCUUAUUGAGACACUGUCAGCCUAAUAUUAGCCCUAAAAUUUGAAAGAAUGGCCAAGUCAAAAUUCAAUUCUGCAAUCUAGGGACAUUAAAAAUGUAAAAAUCAUCAUCAUCAAAUAUGUAUCAAAAGGCCUAGUAUUGAUGUCCUGGGUACCUUAGUACUUCUAAAUUUUCUAAGCCUAAUGAAAAAGGGAAAGGCAUAAGAACAAGAGAGAUAGCCCAUAAACAACUAGGAGGAAGGCUGAGAACCAUUAAUUACAAAA